AUGAAUAGUCUCCAUCUCAUCUUCAGAUACCAAUCUCUGCGACUUGAAGCCGUGUUUCUUUUACUUUUGAUCUCAACCAACGCUUCAUUGAUUCUGCGUGGCAUCGAUGAAACCAUGAAGCCUGGUUACCACUGUAGAGCCAAAAGAUAUCUAUUCAGCGAAAUUGAGGCAGCUCGGGAAGCAGCUUGUAGAGGUUUCAUGGUAACGAGGACUGAAUCUAGACGGCCUCUCGUUUAUAUUGAAGCCAAAGAUAACAACAACUUGAUAUUUGAAUGGGGAAUCCCGAAAACCCUGCGCAGAGAGAAUAAUGAUAAAAUCAUGAACAGACUAGAAAAAAUAACAUUUAACAAUAAUUGUGAACUGAAAGAUGUCCUUUAUUACGAUCGUAAAUCACGCAAAUUUCAGCCAUGCGACAAAGUAUCUGAAGACUCAGCAAGCACGUCCUCGGGGAAGAAGCAAGUCCCCGAGAAACCUUUCCUGCAGUGUGGAUCCUUCUCAUGGGAAUUUGAAGAGAUUAAAAAAACAUCCACUCACAAUGUACACCAAUACCUGAAUCGAUUUGUUGUAAUAGAACAUACAUCCAAUAAAUUUGAUGGUCCUUGGAAGAAAGCCACUCUGAGAAAAAUAAUACUUGUGGCCAAGAAAUGGAUACCUAUACCCUUCGAAAUUAUAGUAAAUAAUGAAAAUGAGGUUAUUGGCGUGAUUGUUACGCAUCAUAUAAGCCGAGUAUCGACUGUACCCCCUUAUUUUAUUAAAGACAUAGUUAAUAUGUCCACCAAAAAAAUAGGCCGGGAAAAACAAAAAAUAAAACUCAGAUGCCUUUUGGAUACAAAGUUUUCGCUAUUAACUAAAGAUCAAGGCUCCAAUCUGAUAAACCCUCACAAGCGUAAGACCCUAGCAUAG